AGUCGAAGAAGCAAGCGCAAUUCCAAGAUCUCUCUGAAAGGCGGUGGAGGAGGCCACGCACCGCCGGCACCGAGCUUCCUUCUCCCCCCGUCCUUCCGCCCCCCACCGGAGGAAGGAUCCAGGAGGUUUCCGUCUAGGGUUCGGCCUAGGGUUCCGCCGCCUCCCGAUCCCGCCCUCCGGCGAGCCGAGGAGCCGACGCCUCCACGGCUCGCCCGCGACCAUGCCCGCCCCCAAUUUCUCCCCCUUCCUCUUCCUCGUCCUCUUCCUCCUUCUCCUCUCCACCGCCCGCCCUGAGGCCCUUGGCGGCUACGACGACGACGCCUGCGCCACCCGGCUCUCCGACGGCAGCGCAUCCUCCUCCGCCUCCGCCUGCCCCGUUAAUUGCUUCCGGGCUGACCCUGUCUGCGGUGUCGACGGCGUUACCUACUGGUGCGGGUGCCCGGAUGCCGCGUGCGCCGAUGUCCGGGUGGCCAAGCGGGGGCCUUGCCAGGUCGGGAACGGCGGGAGCGGCCUCGUCUCCGGACAGGCCCUCCUUCUCGUCCACAUCGUCUGGCUCAUCGUCCUCGGGUUCGCCGUCCUCUUCGGCUUCCUGUGAAUCAAUCACUCAAUCAUCUUCAUCCCGAUGGUCGCCAUCGCCCGGCCUGCUCCUGCAGCCCCUACUAGAAUCCGAUGCCUUAGGUGCCGGUGUACGUUUCUACGUUCUUUUUCUUCUCAUCGAAUUAUUCUUUUGUUGUCUAGUCUCUUUUUUUGUGCGCUGAUUCCUUUCUAUGGAGGAUGAGUAGGGGAGCGUUUGAUUUCAUUCUUUGAGUUGCUGUAACUCUGUAUCUGUUGUCUUUCUAUAUUCUAGUUGAAAGAAUAUAUGAUCUGCUUCUUUGGAUCAGAAUUUCUCUGUUG